AUGGAGCCUGUACGAAUAUUCGUUAUAAUGGGCCAAAGGCAAGGGAUUACAGUCAUACAGGACACGGGUCCACAGGGGUAUGAAGUCGGAAAACAGUCUUGCGGAUAUAUACAAGAUACGAGAGUAAUCUGGAGGUUAUCUAUCGCUUGUAUAUGA